AGAACAUACACUCAGAAAAUGAGCCGAAAACGCUAACAAAAUGGUUUUUAGAAAAUUCUUGUCCUAUUUUGAAGAUCCGAAGUACCCUUCAGUAGGUCCCCAUAUUCGACUUCUAAGCCUUACCGGACUGUGGCACCAAAGCAACUCCAAAAUCGAAAAGGUCAAAUUGUACCUCUUCUAUUUAACAGUUGCAUUCUUCUGUAGUCAAUACAUUAGAUGCCUAAUGAAAUUCGAUGCAGAAUCGCUAACAUUGAUACUGCAGUACGCCCCGUUCCAUAUGGGUAUAGUAAAGAGUUGCUGUUUUCAGAAGGAUUAUAAAAAAUGGGAAAACGUUAUAUUCUACGUGUCAUCACUCGAGCGUGAUCAGCUGUUGAAGAAAAACGAGCAAUCCGUUGAGAUUACAAAGUAUAUAAAGCAAAGCCGACGGGUCACAUAUUUCUUUUGGGCACUUGCCUUCUUUUCAAAUUUCAGCAUAUUUAGCGAGCCGUAUCGUAAGAACCAUGAGAAUGAAGACGGAAAUAAAAUCUAUACUCAAAUCUUUGACGGUUUCAUUCCAUACAGUAGCGAAGCGCCAGGGUAUUACGUUUCUAUGGCCAUCCAAACUGUAUUAGGCCACAUAAUCAGCGCGUAUGUCGUCGCUUGGGAUACGUUGGUCGUCACUAUUAUGAUAUUUUUCACUGGACAACUGAAGGUUGCUCGGAUUAACUGCAGAAAUAUAAUCAAAAAUGGUGAAGGUCACGAAAAUAUUGUAUCGUGUCAUCGACAUCAUACUAAAUUGGUUAAAUACCAAAAGCUGUUCAACGAGCUGAUAUCUCAAGUUAUGUUCGUGUACUUAGUGGUCAUCUCCGUGAACCUUGGCGUUUGCAUCAUCCAAGUUGCCGAGUUACAGGACGAUAUAACAGCUUUAAUUUCGAGCUGUCAGUUCGUGAUAGCUUGUCUUAUACAACUGCUGCUGUUUUACUGGCACGCGAACGAAGUCACUACAGAGAGCGUCCUAGUCAGCUAUAGCACAUUCGAGAGUAACUGGACAGAAGCGCCUGCGAGUGUCCAGAAGGAGGUGGCAUUACUGGGGAUCACUACCAACAAGCGACUGGUCUUCAGGGCUGGGCCCUUCAACGAAAUGUCCCUACGUACCUUCAUAGCAGUUAGAUUCUCCGCGCCAGUUACAGCUUCUACACUUUACUAAGUAACACCAAUAAAUAGAAAGUAGCAAGUUAGUACACUUAAAUAGAGCUUCGAACCACUACAUAAAGUAGAUUUCGUAGUACGUAUGCUACGACGAGUCUGUAGUACUUCGUAGCUGCUACGGCGUAGCUUAUAAUGGUGUCGUAGCUACGCGCCGUGGCAAGUGUAGCAAUCAAGAAAUACGGUAGAUGGAAAUUUUCAAAAUCAAUCAUAUUAUUAUUAACAACGAGUGAUUCUAGAGAUAACAGGCCAGUCUAUUUGUAAUUUUAGAGUACAUUUGUCAAAAGCUUUGGUUUCCACACAUUAAAAAAUAAUUAUUUAUAAAAAGCCACUGACAAUAUAAUUAUACAACAAUAAAAUAAAAUUGCUGUGUCAGGUAAGUCGUUUUUAAAGUUUUCUGAAAACUUUCCUUGAACAAAUAUUCCCAGCGGUUUUCAUCUUAAUCUAGACACAUUGUUGCACGUUCAGAUGUAAAUUAAAGAUAUAUAUAUAUAAUUUUAGUGUGUUUUAUUCCCCAACUGUACUAAAUUGUAGAUUUCGAAGUAACAACCAUACUCAUAGUAGCGAUCGAUACAAUCAGCGGACAUUAACUAACUCACUAAAGUUUGAGAGCCUCACUUGCCAAGAUUCCGAUGUGAAUCGAUUAAGCUUGAAAUCUCUCGUUAAUCGAUUCUGAUUCAGCGUUCCGAAUGCGGUUGCAGAUUUGAUUCGAUUUGAUUAAAUGUUUUUGGUUCGGCAAAGUUCCAUGCUCGAUCAAACAUGUGUUACGUGUUAAAAUUGUAGAAUAAAGAGUUUAGUCCGAUAUUUGUUCGCAUUGACGUUGUUAAGUAUUUCAAAGCUAUGGGAAUAAUUGGGUAUUAUUUUUGACUACAAUUUAUUACAGAGACUACAAUGAAUUUCAUUUCUUACCGUGUUAUUUGUAGCUCAUUGGUUUGUUCCUGACCACGCCACGGUUCCUGUCCUACAAUAGCAAACUAACUCUGUGUUCAGAAUUGAAUCAACAGAAUAAGGUGACGAAGGAACACAGCUGAAGGCAUUAGUCGAGUAGUAAACACGAGCUCAACGAUAGACUAUGUCAGCCUGGAGCCCUGGGUGCAGAGUAGAUACUUUGUAAAGUCCAAGCCUUGCAAUAACUUUAUUUAUGUUGAAUUAAUAAAUACGAAUUUUCUUUUAGGACACUUUGAGAUUAUUAUGUAGUGACACUGUACUGUGAGAUUUGUAUAGAUUAUAUUCAUUCGGGUAUUAAUUAAAUUAUUUAUUCUAAGUUGGUGAUGUUGUAGCAGGUUUAGCAAUUAUUGGCAAAUUCGAUAUAGAAUUAAAGAUAGAAAUAAUUUAAUAGAAUCGUACUAGCUUUUGCCCGAGGCUUCUCGCAUCUCAUGUUUUAAGCAAUAUAUGUCGCAAUAAAACCUAUACAAGAUUUAAGUUGGACUACCUGCAAUACAACUGAGAAAACCGCAUCAAAAUCCAUUCAGUAGUUUUUACGUUUUGCGCGAACAAACAUGACUAUGUUUGUUUACAGUUUUAUUAUAUGUAUAGAUUCAAUCGCAAAUAUCUUGUGACCACAUUGUACAAUAUCCAAGCUUAGACUUCCCAGCGUCUUCUGCUCCCUUGCCCCGAGUCUGUUCAAGUCAAGAGUAAUUCGGCUGCACGGAGCUUCAUACCUACGAGAUUAACAUAUAAAUUGUUUUGAAUCCGACUACACCGCGUUAAAUUAUUUCGCGAACUUCCCAAAUUUACAUGGUAAUUGCUAAAACUCAAGAUUUGUUGUUGAAUUCCUGAUUGUGAGACAAAUCUCGGCGAAUAAACUAGUUAAGACGAUCUGGUAGUCAGAUUAUGGCGGUUUUACGUGUAUGUUUUUGUGACCUACUUCAAAUGAAGUAUGUUGAAAUAUAGAACGCACCCUAUUCUGACAAUAGACAAUCAAACGUCAAGUCGUGUUUUUUCCCGCCUUCUGCGUCUCUCUUCCCGCGCUGCUCUGUCUGUAUCGUGCUACUUUUAUCACUAAUAAACUAAACUUAAUCAAUUAUCAGUUUUUCUUUAAAGUAUCGUGUAUUGCGUUCUAUAGUAUUAUUUUUUGACGG